AUGGACAGAGACGGUCUCAACCAACAGAAGAGUCUGGAUCUGAGAAUCAGCAGCAGCGUAGAAGGGCCUUCCUGGCUCUCUGGGCCCCCUCCUGACUCCACUCUCCUGGUCCCACAGAGUUUGAUCCUGCAGAUCGCUGCUACCUGGCUGGAGCAGGAGGCUGGGGAGAUUGUGGCCUCCAAGGAGGCGUACAUGGCGGAGAAGUGCCCCCCCCCCAACCUGAGUGGAGACCAGGCAGCCCUGAUGGAAUUCUGCAAAAAGCUGCACCAGGGCAUCGACAAGUUGGACGAAGAAAGAUACGACGCUUACGCCAAAGUGGAAAAGUCCAAAAAGGAGAUCGAGGACCUGAAGAUGAAGGUACUGGAAAUGGCCGGGGUGAAGAAGCCGGCCCUGAAGAAGGUCCGCAUGUCGGCCGACAGCAUGCUGCAGGCCCUGCUGGGGGGGAAGCACAAGGUGACCAUGGACCUGAGGUCCAACCUGAAGCAGGUCAAGAAGGAGGUCAAGGAGGAGGGCGGCGAGGCGGUGGGUGACUGGAGAAAGAACAUCGAGGACAAAGUCGACAGGAAGAAGAUGUUUGAGACGUCCUAGAGACUUCACCUGCUGCCCCACGCCGGUUCUUCAUGGAAUUGGAAAAACUGUUUUUUUGGAAUAAGGCAGCAAGGAGGGUGUUUUUUACUUCAGGCUGAAGGUGAACCUUGAUGAUUAAAGCGUUUCAUAGAAGCAGUGGUUGGACCUCUUCAUUUCAUCUGCUCAAUGCGUGUCGUGUUGGGGAGGAACCACCAGGGGUCAGCAGAGAGCCUCGCUCUUCUCUCCUGAGAAGAACAGCUCAAUGAAGCUUUUCAGUGUGAAGCAGCACGGAGCUCUUGGUGAGUAGCCUCUCCCUCCUCUUCAUCUUUGGUCCCCACCUCCUCAUCCUCAUGUUCAUCUCCCCCUUCUUGUA